AUGGAACAGUCGUCUAUGCCUCUGUGGCUCAGCACCUUUGAGGAGGAUAUUGACACCUACAUUUUCAUUUCCUCAAGGGACAACAAACUUUAUCAAGGAAUACUAAGAACGUACGACCAGCAUGGAAACAUAUUUCUAACACACUGUGUGGAGAAAAUAAUAAUUCCAGAGAGGAACUACUUUUCGGAUAUCUACGUUGGAAACCUCAUCAUCAGGGGAGACAACAUCGCCUACUUCGGUUCCGUAGACGAAGACAAGUACGCAAAGAUGUUCGAUUACUCGCAGGAAAAUAAGGCAACAAAGGAAGCGGAGGAUAAUUCAGAAGCCGACUUGGUAAAGAACCAAAAAUCGCUAAGCUCUGAAAAUGUUGUUCUACAGUACAAACCGAUAAACCAAAUUUUGAGUUACCUCCCAGAUAAUAAUCAAGACUAUGCCGCUUUUGAUAAUUAA